UAGGCCUUUCUCACGCGCUCUUGUCAAAACAAUUUUCCGGGGAAUUAGUGAAGUCCAGUUUAUUUUCCUGUUUCUUUCCAUAGAAUACCAUGUCGACUCGUUGGUAUCCCAUCUAUCAGAAGGGGAAUCCUCAACUGAGAGUCUUCCUGCCGAAUUUCUGGAUGAAACUCAUAAGGUCCAAGGAGGAGCAGCCAAAGAAUGUUGUUGAAUUCUCAUGUUCCUUGGAAAUGACAAAAUACGACAUUCAGAAUUACCUAGAGAAAAUCUACAAAGUUCCCGUAGUUGAUGUAAGGACGAGGAUAGAGAGUGGCAAGACGACUCAAGAUUCUAAUUUUGGCUUCGUGAAAAAGGCUGAUGACGUGAAAAUUGCUUAUGUGAUCCUUCCAAAGGAUAUGAGCUUUGAGUUCCCUGAUAUCUUCCCUAAAGACAAAAAGGAGAAGUUGAAGGAGGAAAAAUCCCUCGAUGAAGGCAAGAAGAAUCACAAGAAAUUUUUAGAUAGAAACAAAUCGCGGCCCUCGGUUCCCGGAUGGUAUUCAAUUUAGGAGCUUUUGAAUGUAUUUUUCCAGUAGGCUGAAUAAAUUAUCAACAAAAAU